GUGGCGUCGGGACGGCGUCUGAUCCCAACAAAGCUUGGAAUAGCUUUGGUUCAUGGCUAUUGGAAGGUGGAUCCCGAGUUGGUAUUACCAACAAUGCGAUCUGAGGUUGAGGCACAGCUGAACCUGAUCGCGAAGGGACAGGCCGAUUUCUUUGAGGUGAUUCUUUGUGGGUUGUAUUGUGUUGUUUGUUUAUGGUGA